GAAAUACUUGAAGCGAAGUGAAAUUGCCUCUUGCGUUGUAACGGACAUCGCUUCAGAAUGCGUGUGUCACUCAAAUUUUUUGGUUUUUUUUCCUCUUUUUCCGGAACACCUUGGUUAACGUUUAAAAUAUAAUAAUGAAAAAUAAUACUUAAACAAAUGCAUCUAACGUCUAUUGGAAAAUCUAUAGUUCUCAUUGUUGCAUUUGCUACGCAAUGCGUAUACGCCAAAUCACGGAAUGGAUACGGUUAUUUCGACGAGAAAUUCUGCGUGCUUGAGUGGAUCAUCUACCUGAAGCGACUCUCGUUAAUCGCGUUAAUGUUGUGUAGUAUCAUUUUGUAUUACGUGCCCAAGUCACGUUCAUAUGCUCGCAGAGCAUGUUGUAUCCUGAUAGAUACUAUUGCAAAUGGAUUAAAGUAUGCCUUGAAUACAAACGGAACUGAACAGGAAAAGAUAAAAGCAAAAAAUGAAAACCAUAAAAAUAGCGAUUUGAAAAUACAAGAACUAUAUCGGAAAGUAUACGAAAAAGAUGCAAGAGAUCGUGGACAAAAAUAUACUGAUACAACAAAUUUCAAUAACAGUAAUCCUAAAUCAAUAAGGCAACACAAAAGUAAAAAAUUUAGCACAAAACACACUGUCAGCAAAGAACAUGAACGUUAUUAUCAUCGAAAUAAUAAUGUAUUACCGGAAUCUAACGCAGUAAUGACGUCAACUAUGAAAUUCAAAACUUCUCAAAAGCAAAAGGACAUGAGCGAUAUUAAUACUAUUAACAUUGGUACUCAAAAAUUACACAAUAAACAAAAUUUGGAUUGUAAGCACGAGAAAGUUGUAGUUACUUCCCAAAAUAGUCAAUCAAGUAAAGAUUGCACUACAAAGAUUAUGAAUAAGCAAACGGAUCCUCAUUAUGGUAAUUUAUAUUAUUUUGAGCAUUAUAUGUUAAAUAUAACAAAAAUAUUAAUAAUACUACGUACAGAAAAAUUACUCACAAAACGAGAUACGAGAAACAAGUUGUAUGAUAAACUUCGAAAAGAAAAUUGUCAAUUUCUUCUUGAUAUAAAAAGUUUUCCUCACAAUUGUUGUAAAAAUUCAUCAGUUACAAAGGAUGGCACCAAACCAGUCUUGCUGCGAGUUGCAAACUGGUUUUUUGGUGGUUGCCCAUCAGAGGCAUCGAGACGACACCGAGAGCAGAUCGAUGAAGUCGGAAAGGAAGAAAUUUUCAAAUCCACCAAUACGUGGCUCCUCUAAACGCGAACGAAUUAUAUCUGCAGUAGUAAAAUGCUAUGCUGUCGAUAAACGCAGAGAUCUAUGUCUUUAUCUCACAGUGUAUGUACAAAU